AUGUCAAAUCCAAAGCGAGUUCAACUACCUCCGCUCGACCACUUCACCGGUGAUGCACGGGUCUACGAACGCCGGAGUCCCAGCGGCAAGGGACGGCAGGUCGUCAAGGAGAGCGUCUCCUUGUCUGAGCGCAAGACCCCUCAAAUCUUUCCCGAUCAGUCUCGGAUAUCCAUUCGCAAUGAGGCUCGAGCUAUUCAAUACGUGCGGAAGCACACCACUAUACCCGUUCCGUUCAUCGUCGAGUUCAACGACCAGCCCGGAGCGCCGGUUCAGCUGGUCACCAAAUUCGUCAAGGACGGCGUACCGCCCAAAGCGCUUCAGAUCACUCCGGAAGGACGUGCUCGUAUCGUCCAUCAGCUCGAGGGCUAUAUCAGUCAGCUCCAGGCACUCACGGAUCCCGAGUGCCGGAGCUUCGCCGGCCCUCCUCUCUUUGCCGUGCGCUUCGAGAACGCUCAUCUCCCCUUGAGCGACUACAAGUACCGGCGGUACGACGCCGACAGCCCAUACGUCCUCUGCCAUGGCGACCUGGCGUGGCACAAUCUCCUGCUCGAUUCCGAGACGUUUGAGAUCAAGUGCGUCGUCGAUUGGGAGUAUGCGGGGUUCUACCCCAAGGAGGUGGAGAGCGAGUACUGGAGGCGGCCGGGCCCGCUAGCCGCGAUGUCGAGUAGGGACAAGGAUGACAAGGAUGAUGUUCUGGGCGUUCUGUGGAGGCACAGGGUGUUUGAUUUCCCGGUGAAGCCAGCAUCAAAGUGA